ACAAACAGUGAGUUGUCAUUUGGGAGGUUAACCUGGAAAUCAAACGAAUUUAAUUCCAGUAAUUUGCUAUUUAUAAUUGUUAUAAUGUCGUAUAGAGAUCUAAGAAAUUUCAGCGAAGCCAUGCGCGCUCUCGGCUACCCCCGCCAGAUCAACAUGGAGAGCUUCCGCAACCCCAACUGGGAGGCGGUGGAGGAGUGCACUCGUUGGCUAGCGGCUCGGGUGGAGCCCGACGUAGAACUCCGUGGGGGCCGCGCCGACGCCGAGCAACGGGUCGCGCUCGUCACACAUGCGAUAGCACUCUUCCAUUCUCGAGCUAACCUAAAGUUGAACGGCAAGCGCCUAUACGGUGCCGACGGCUGGGCGGUGCGCGAGCUGCUCAAAGUGGCGUCUCUGCUCCGCGACGCUCUGCAGGCGCCGCCGCCAGACGAGCAGCGGCCUGACGUACCCUUGACUUAUGAUGUCACGAGUCGGCUGGGUGAAAUCAAACAAGCAAGAGCCCUAGCAACUGACAUCACAGCUCAGGGUUCGUUUUUAUUCGACCUGCUUGGUAAAGAAGCAGAACGUAAGGAGCAACGUGAACAGGCCCUCGCUCGUCCGCUGGACAUGUCGGCCAUGGAAGCAUGUCUGCGCCGUGCGUUAGAGACAGCGGCAGCACGAGUGACCGACGCGCGCGAACGCAUCGACAAUGUGGCGGCCUCCGAGGCAGCGCUGGACGCGAAACUGGAGCGCAGGCGAGCGGAGCUGCAGCGCGCAGAGAAGCGGCUGCUUACGGUGCAGAAGAUUAAGCCAGCAUAUCAGGGCGAGUUGACAGCUCUGGAAACCGAGAUCGAGCAACUAUGGGACCAGUACGUGUUGCGCUACCGCUGCGUUGAAGCGCUCAAACACCAGUUGAGCGUACUGGAGACCGCUCAAGCGGAGGUUGCCGAAGAGCAGCAGGCGGCUAUCAUGCAGCUCAUACAUAAAUACGAAGCGGAAGAUGUGCUGGGGAAACUUAGCGAAUCAGAUGAGCUAGACUCAAGUGAUGACGCAAAAGAGUUUGAAGCGAAGCAGCCACGGCCGGCCACGAGACCCAAGACACGUCUACGUAUCAAAACUGCAGGUACGGGUGCCGCGGAGGCUCGGCGGGCAUUCGGCAAUAUGGCGGGGCGCGACUCGCUCGACGAAGUGCGGGAUGAGGACGACUCGCGGUCAGACUCCGACUCGGACCGCGCGCUCUACGGUCACGACGAGCCAGCGGCGUCGCGCUGGUCGCGCCCGCGCCCCGCCACGCGUACCAUUGCCGCUGAAGACGAUGAUUUCGCUGAUCUCAUUGAAGGAGUUGACGGCGAUGAUGGUGGCUCCCUCGGCAGUUCUUCUGAGAGCGAGCUGCGACUGACAAGCGCGCGACCCAGCGCUGCACCCGGCCGCGCUUCUGUGCUCAGCGACAAUGAAUUUUGAACUCUUUUGAAGAAUAAUAUAUAGACAUUAAAUGAUAGAUUGUAUUUUUUUGGGGGGCACCAAUUCCAUUGCAUGCUAAUAGGCUAGAUGACAAAGGUUAUUUACAGUAAUUCGCAACGAGCGGCGAUACAUUGAAACACGACCUAAGGGAGUGUUUUUAAUCGACACGAGUUCCUACUUCUCUCACUUGUAUCGUAAUGUACUAUACCAUAUCAGUCGAUCCGGUUUGUUUUGAGAAUCAAAUGUAUUACCUACGGGACCUAUUGCAAUAAAGCAAUACCAAUUUCAGAAACAACAGUCAAAAUCUGACAAUCGCGCACAAUGCACGAAACGAAACGUCAUCACUCUAAUUCAGUACCUAGGUAAUAACUUGAUCGUGACGUCACGUUUCAGUUGAAAGCGUCUUGAAAUAUGUAAGAAAACAAGAAAAUUGCUAUUUUCAGUUUCAGCAAAGCCUUUAAACCACUUCGUAGCUGACAAUGAUCAUUUAUCACCAAACGCCUUAUAAUAGCAUAGAGCCCACUAGCACCAUUCCACUAACCCGGGGUUAACCGGUUAAACCUGGAGCUACCAUGCACCUGGUUAACGGUUUAACCGCUUAACCCCGAGUUAGUGGGAUGGUGCAAGUGGGUCUAGGUUAGGUACCUUACCUAACCUACCGCGUGUGGCACGUGUGCAAUGGAAUGGA